UGUCUGAAAUCUCUGCUCUGUUUCUGUGCUUAUCUUUUUUAACAUUUUCAUGAAAUCAGAUAUUGUUUAGAUAUUUAGUGAAUUCUGAUUAGUUUCUAUCCUGUUAUAUUAAAUGAUACGGCCUGUCCGGAGCAGUGUUGUUUAAAUCGAUAAGAAUAUAAAACCAAUUUGGGGCGGAUGGCUCAAACAAACCAGUGAAUUUAUUGAACCACAAAUACUUCAUCAUGGCUAUGUCCAAGGGUUUUAAAGUCUUGGAGAAAUCGUCUCCACCAAAUCCCUAUAGCAUAAUACUGCAACAUCGAAAUAAGGACAAUUCCCUGCUCUUCGAAUCGCAAGCUGUUGUGUCGUUGUCGCCUCAAGAAACUGAAACACUAAGGAAACAGUAUCACAAAAUCGCUGACGCCUACGGUUGUCUGGGUGUUUUGCAACUAAAUUCUGGGGAAAGCUGUUUGCUGUACCUGGUGCUGGUCACAGGAUGCUGUUCCGUCGGCAAGGUCGGCGACAUAGAGGUCUUCAAGAUCACCCAAACUCAAUUUCUCCCUUUAUUUUAUCAGUCUCAAGGAGAAGACAAAGUUGGUGAGGUAAGGAAGCUAUUGAAUUCUGGUACAUUUUACUUCUCUUGGAACAGUGGCAAGGCUAAUGAUAACCUCUUUGAUUUGACUUUGUGUUCUCAAAGAAAGAGCAAAGGUGCGAUACCUGACAACAGAUUCUUUUGGAAUAGAACUCUGUUUAUACAUUUAAUAAGAUUUGGAAUUGAUUGUGAAGAUUGGCUCACGAGGGCUAUGUGUGGCUCGGUUGAAAUACGCACAAUUUAUGUUGGGCACCGACAAGCUAGAGCUGUGCUAGUGUCUAGGUUGAGCUGCGAAAGAGCUGGCACUCGAUUCAAUGUCAGAGGCUGUAAUGAUGAUGGUAAUGUUGCCAAUUUUGUUGAGACAGAGCAAGCUAUCUAUAUUGAUGAUUCCGUCUCAUCUUACAUACAAACCAGAGGCUCUGUGCCUCUAUUUUGGGAACAGCCUGGGAUACAAGUUGGAUCUCACAAAGUAAAAAUGUCCAGAGGUUAUGACGCAUCAACAAGUGCCUGCGACAGACACUUCUCCCAAUUAAAACGUAACUACGGCACUGUAAUUGUUGUCAAUUUACUUGGCUCCAGUUUGAUUGGAGGCAGUGAAGGUGAGGCGACUCUUAGCAAUGCGUUCCAGAAACAUCUCAAUGAAUCUGCGCACUCUGAUGUCACUCAGAUAAUAUUUGACUACCACCAAGAAGUAAGAGCCUCUCAUAUAGAAAACACAUUGAGCAAAUUCAAAAAAAUUGUGGAGAAAUACUAUGAUGAAAUUGGUAUCUUCAGUGCUAAGGGUCCGGACAUUUACAAUAUACAGAAAGGAGUGCUGAGAACCAAUUGCUUGGACUGCUUGGACAGAACAAAUUCUAUUCAGACAUUCAUAGGCAUUGAAAUGCUGGCCAUCCAGUUGAUGCUGCUGCAAUGUAUUGACAAAAAACAGAAUGUAACCAGAUUUGAAGAGAUUUUCAAACAAAUGUGGGUAAAUAACGGAAAUGAAAUUUCUAAAAUUUAUGCCGGUACUGGUGCUAUACAAGGAGGCUCCAAGCUUAUAGAUGGCGCUCGAUCUGCCGCACGCACCAUACAAAAUAAUUUAUUGGAUAAUUCUAAGCAAGAAGCUAUUGAUAUAUUAUUGCUGGGCUCGACGUUAAAUUCAGAACUUGCUGAUAGAACAAGGAUAUUGUUACCCUCAAAUAUACUUCAUGCCUCAACACCAGUACUGAGAGAAAUGGUAAGAAGAUGCAAUGAGUACACUCAGCCAUCCAGCAUUCGUAUCACUAUAGGCACUUACAAUGUUAACGGAGGUAAACAUUUCAGGAGUUUGGCUUACAAGGAUGUGUCUUUGGCUGAUUGGUUGCUGGACUGUCCUGAUUCUUCUCUAGUAAACACUGUCAACUUGAAGGAACAUCCGUCAGAUAUCUUUGCUAUUGGCUUCGAGGAAAUAGUUGAUUUGAAUGCCAGUAAUAUCAUGGCUGCAAGUUCAGAUAAUGCCAAGGCGUGGAGUGAGGAACUAGAAAAGGUUUUAUGUCGAGAUGCCCCUUACACUCUGCUGUCGAGUCAUCAGCUUGUGGGUGUCUGCUUGUUUAUAUUUGUUAGAAAAGAUCUGAUUCCUCACAUUAGGGAUGUAGCUUUAGAUUCUGUGAAAACAGGUUUAGGGGGCACCACAGGUAACAAGGGAGCUGUGGGUAUCCGCAUGGUCAUUUACGGCACUUCCCUGUGUUUCGUGUGUGCUCAUUUCGCGGCCGGACAAAGCCAGGUUGCUGAGCGCAAUGCCGAUUACACUGAGAUAACACGUAAAAUUGCAUUCCCUAUGGGCCGAUCCCUAUACUGUCACGAUUACGUCUUUUGGUGUGGCGAUUUUAACUAUCGCAUUGAUCUAGACAAAGAUGAAGUGCGUUUGCUAGUUGCCCAGAACAACAUGCAAAGGCUGCUAGAACAAGACCAACUCAACCAACAGAAGGCUUUGGGGUUAGUUUUCAAAAACUGUUUCGAAGGAGAAAUCACUUUCCUGCCGACAUACAAAUACGAUCUCUUUAGUGAUGAUUAUGACACCAGCGAGAAGUGCCGGGCUCCGGCGUGGACCGACAGAGUUCUGUGGCGAAGUAGAAAGUGCACGAUCGAUCCUGAGAACACAUCGGAGUUGGCCACCGGGAAACUACUGCAUUAUGGCAGAGCGGAAUUGAAGCAGAGUGACCACAGGCCCGUUAUAGCCAUUCUAGAAAUCGAAGUACUACAAGUUAGUUACACCAAGUGUAUGGAAGUUUUUUAUGAAGUCGUUCAGGACCUCGGUCCUCCUGAUGCGAGCAUCCUCGUGCAGCCCGUCGAAGACAGGAGCGACAGUGAGGAGUCAGUCUUCGACGAUAAUGUCAUGGCGGCCGUGCUGCAAGAAUUGGCGACCAUAGGGGAAGUCACGCUCGUGCGAUUCGUAGACGAACAAACUCUGAGCAUUACAUUCAGAGAGGGACAAAACGCUCUGGUGGCGGCGCAAAUGGGCAAAUUGUCAGUCUGCUCUAUUCCUCUCGCUAUAACAUUAAAAUCUCCAAACUGGAUCGACAUAGUGCGUUCAGAAAUAGGCUUGUGUUCCAACAAUACGGUGCCGCUGUUCGGCGAGGUGCAGCAAGAGCGUCCGCUGAGAUCUGCGCCGCCGACGCCGCGACGGCAGCAGCCGGGCCGGCCGCCAGCGCCGUCUCCGACGCCGCUACUGCCGGCCCGAGCGCCCGCACCCGGCCCCGCGCGGCCUCCGCCUCCAAGGCCGGCUCCGUUGCCCCCGGACGCAGGCAAGAACGGCCAGCAACCGGGCCCGGCUUCCCCGCCGGCGGACGGCAUGCCGCCGCCCGCGUGCGCGCCCCCGCCGCCGCCGAGCAGCACGCCGCCGCCGGCCGCGCCGCCCCCUGUGCCGGCCCGACAGGGAGCCCCUCCCCCUUUGCCGGCGCGACCUCGACCGACUUCCUAAUGUCAUAACGGCAAAAUAUUCCCUCAUUCAUUUAUCGAACUGAAUUAUAUCAAAGGCAGCUUUGGCCUGCUAAUUUAUAUAAACUUACAUUGGUUCUUGAAGAUAUUAUACACGAAAUUGCAUUGUCUAAAAACGAAACAGCUUGUGUAGUGGUAAGUAGCGAAAGUAAGAUUUGCAGGCUUUUUCUGCUAGUUUAAGUAGUUAAUCUUGAAAAUAAGAUAAUAAAAUUAAUAUUUAGUGUUUCAUAUUGCAUUUUUGAGUAUUUUGUCCUGUAAUUUAAAAGAACAAGUAAUCAAGCAGUGAAUAUUUCAACAGAAUUAAAAUUAUGUAGUUAUUUAUUUACAAUGUAUUAAUAGUGUUUCUAUUCAUAAACCGUUGAAUAUUUCCACAAUAUCAGGUUAAGUAUUUUUUAAAUUGUUGCUAUAAUUCAAAUGAACAAGAAAUAAUAAUAAAAUUAAUUUCAAUUACAUAUAUUAAAAGAUAACUAUUUACUAUUUAUAUCCAAAGAUAUGUAUUUUCCGUGGCACAGAUAUUUAGAAAUAAAGAAACAUGAAUCUUGUUAGGGAUCUUAUGGGAUCCAAAUAAAUUAUGUUGAUAUGUUUAAAUCAUUGUACAAGCAAUAAUUUACCUAUGUUCCAAUAAUUAUUUUGCAAGUAAUCCUUGUACCUGUAUAAAUACAUCGUAAGUUAUUUAAGUUUGUCACGUACAUAAUCACGUCUACAUCCCUUGCGGGGUAGACACAGCCAACAGUCUUGAAAAGACUGAAUGGCCAUGUUUGUCACAAUAAAAUUGCAAUAUACAUUCUAAAUGUAAUUACAUCGAAAUUAUUUAUUAGUAAUCAUAGUGGAUUUCAUUCCUUAAUAGUUAUAUCAUUGAUUGUAUUCUGUUAAGUUGACUGAUAUAGAUAUACAUGCAUUACAUAUAUUAUUAAACUUAAUCGUCAAAUUCAGUGCUGCAUUUCUCCUUAUAUUUCUCUAUAAUGGCUGUGUUGUAUAUUUUGAAUGUAUUUUUUAUAAUUAAUUAACAUGAUUUCUCAUUUUUUUAAGCAAAUUCAUUAUGAUUAACAAUUUAUUUGUAUACCUAUGUACAGUAAGUAACAUAUCAAUCUGACCAUUCUGAAGCAAUUUUUGAUUGAGUGUCAGUUUAUAUGUUACUCAGUGUACCUACCUUGUAUCACUUUAAGUUAGGUGCAAGAAAAUAUUUAGUACUUUUUUUAUUCACCUUAAAACUAGUUUUUUUAUUUUUUAUACUAUAUAUAUUUUUUUAUAUUGGAUUUUUUUAUUGGUACUAAAUACUUUUACUGACUUUGUCAAUGUUCCUAAAGUACCUGAUUAUGUUUCAUAUAAUUAUUAUUUACAAAAUGCAAUGUCUUAUCAGGAUCGAACCAGUUUAUAAGCAUUACAUAGAAAUGAAAUAAAUAUUAGGGUCACUGUACACAUUCAGGCAUUGGGUCAUCGAGUGAAAGUACCUAAUAUCUUUGUAUCUACGGAGGAUACAAGUUGUACCUGCCAUAAAAAAAGCCAAAUCUAAGAUGGCGCAAUUAGUUGUUUGUAAAUAACAGUUGGUUCAUAUGGAUAAUGCGUUAAAAUCGUAAUCAUAAUAUAUUAUUAUCAUACAUUUCUUGUCAAACCAAAAGAAUAAUCUAUACUAAUAUUAUAAAGCUAAAGAGUUUGUUUGUUUGAACGUGCUAACCUCAGGAACUACUGGUUUGAAUUGAGAAAUUAUUUUUGUGUUAAUUAGACCAUUUAUCGAGGAAGACUUUAGGCUUUAUAACAUCACGCUGCAACUAUUAGGAGCGAAGAAAUAAUGGAAAAUGUGAAAAAAAGCGGGGGAAAUUAUUCAUCCCUAAGGCCACAGCUAGUUUUGUAUAAUGCUGGCCCAGCGCCUCGGAAAACUACAGCGACCUUUAUAUAUGUAGAUGUAAAAAUGCAUAUAAUCAUUCAGUAGGAUGUUUUGUUAUGGGUGUUCAUCGUUUAAAAUUAUAUUAUUGUCUGUGAAAUCUGUUGGAGCACCAUGUAUAGAUGGCCAGUGUUCUAUGUUAUUGCUAUAAAAUAUAGAAAUGUUU